GCUGCAUCGCAACGUUUAUUGCAACUUACUUAUCGUUGUGUCUCCCAAUCAUCAUCCUCUUUCUGACCACGAACAGAGAAUGAGGUUGAGGCGACAUUGCGGGACCUGUCUUCUUUCUCUGCUUCGCUUCAUCAUUCAUCUACGCAAGACAAUCUGUGUGGCUCCAUACCACAGUCAUCUUUACCUGCCUCCGAACCAUUAGCAGAGUGUCAUCAUGAUGGCUGAAACGGAUGCUACCUCCACCCAAGAUACCUCAACCGAUGGUGCCUCCCACCAUGCCCCAGCACAGAACGAGUUGAUGGAGAUUAGUCAGGCGGAACUGGAUCGAGCCAUGGAGAUCAAGGCAGUGUUUGCACAGGAUGAACGUCUGAGGGAGAUGCCCUCCGACUUCAUGUGUGUCCAGUAUGCACUCUGCACUGGUGAUGAAAGCCUGGAGAUUUUGUGUGAUCGAGCCUAUCUUGUGCAAUGUUUCAAAGAAGAGUACAAGAUUGCAAAUACAGUCGAAGAAGGCAUUGAUCUCUUCCACCAAUACACUCUGCUGCAGCCUGGUAAUUUCCUUGCCAUGGAAUAUUUGCCGGACGAGAAAAAUUACUUUAUCAUUGUGGAUGCUGCAGCAUUCUUCCCCUCAGCCAUCAAGACUGACGAUCAAGUGAGAACAUGGAUUGGUUCUACCUUCUAUUGGUGGCAAGCCACACUGCCUGAUUUCCAAGCAAUUCGCAAUGGAUGGACCCAAAUGUUUGAAUGCAUGGGAGCAUCGUUUGACAACUUUGAUGCUGCUCUGACUGAAAGAGCCAAAGACUUGAUGAAAGCCUACCCAAAAAAUCAGCGUGUACUCUACUUUCUCAAUUCACCAACAGUGGUGAAUAUAUUCUGGGCGUUGUGGAAGCGGGGACUUCCAGAAAGAGAGGCAAAAUCUUUUGUUUUGGGACACAGCAUACCAGGAUGGGAAGGGGAACGCAUUGAUAGUCUCUAUAAGCAGCCCACAGAGGAAGCAGCAAGAGAAAAGAUGAUCUUGAAUGUCUAUGACUUUCUGCAAUUACGAAUGAAGAAUGAACGUGAGUUUUCCUUGGAUCGUGCGGCCAAUCUUUUGAACGAGCGAAAUACCGAAAUGUUUGAGGAGAAUGGGUCGCAGGCAUGAUGAUUGGCACAGCACGACGGGGAUAUCACAAGAUGUCGUCUUGACGUUGCCUCAGGCCGCACUAUUAUGUAACAGUAUAUAAACUGGCUACUAGAUUAUAACGAACCUCUU